AUGGCAUCUCGGCCGCAGUUUGGUGAAACCCGCUCCCAAUCUUACGAUACCCUCCGGAGCCCCUCGCCGCGCAUCGAACAUUUUGACGGCGAAAUUCCUCCUGCGCUCUCUCCGCUUGAUGCGUUCGCUGCUCAGGGUCGGCUUCUGGCCCGGCAAUUGGAAGAGUCGAAACGGGGAGAAAGGCGCAUGAGCAGAUUGCCCCCUUCCAGCGUCGCACGAUCUUUGUCACAGGGUCGACCAGGCUACUUUCGGGCCCAAUCAUCCGGCGAUUCUUACUACUCUCAAGGUGGAAGAGGCGGGGAACUUGCGAGACGUCCUACUCAGAAGAACAAUCCGGAGGUUGAGGAGCCAAAGUUUCGUCCGCAGUCCGAGCACCCUCGCAUUAGUGCUGUUUCGUAUCUUGCCAGCGAGGAUGGCUUCGCAGAGGAUGACGAAGAGGCCACGCCGACUGAAGGACCUACGCCGCUCCCUAUGGAAACAGAUACCUUUGAAGUCCCGCGUGCUGAAUCUCCUGAGGAAGAUAUGUCUAUGGGCAGUGCACCGGAGGCGCCUCCACGGUUCUAUGCUUCCGGUCCCUCCAGCCCUGCCAGCCCUGUCUCUUCCGUUGGGCUUGCUAUCGCUGCGCCAUCUCGCAAUCCAUCGACCGAUUCUGCUUCUCGACUCAAUGUCCCACGAGGCCUGGCACCGCCUCCCUCUCCACUGUCAAGGCCAUCUACCAGUUCCAGAGCCACUCAACCGGAAAGUUCCGAUGACGACUAUAGCAGUUCGAAUGCAGGGUCGACGUUUUCAAAACCGCGCAAGCUAUCGUCCUGCAGCGCCAUGUCGCUGCCGUACUCGCCAAUGUCGGCCAAUCCCCGCUCACAUCCUCGGUCCCCAUCCUUGAGUUCGGAGACGUCAAAUACUACGGGCUAUCUUCCCCGACCGUCGUUCAACUUCUCGCGUCCCUUGAGUAGGUCCAGCACGAGCCUUUCUGCGCCAGUCAGCAUUGGUGGUAUGGAUCAGACGAACCAAUCGGGUACGAUGCAUCGCGAGCAUAAGCCCAGUCCUAUUAUUGUGCCUACGCAUUCGGACCUAGCCAACCAUUCGCAUGAGGAGCCGUCAUCCGCAGUGUCUUCAUAUAUCUACACGAAGUAUUCACUUCCUCGGGGUCGCAAGGUCUCCAGAGACUCUGUUGUGUUCUCCGGUCUGCAGACUCCAAACUUUGAGUGGAAAGAGCCGCUAUUCGAAAGCCCACCUCCUGUCAGUACGGAAGCGCGUCUGAGGCCCUCUCGGACCCCAUCUCCGCCGCCCUCACGACAUGAGUCAGUAUACUCGCAGUCCGUGUAUUCACAAAGGGCGCAUUCGAUGUGCGGUACUCCAACAAUAGCCGGACCGACGCCUUCGGCGAACGGACCCGGCCUGCGCUCUCAGGAGGCUGAGGCCACGUCUGAGCCCGAAGUUGACCAGGUAGAGCCUCCAUCUGUUGAGAAACAGAAGGCGGUGGCACCUCCGCCAGAAUCGACAACCUCGAACAAAGAAGAUAAGGAGGAUACGACUUCUUCUGCGGACUCGGCCUCCACGAUUCGACCACAGACGGGCAGGGCAGCUUCAUCAUCUGGUAUGAUCACCGCAGAUGAACAUGUGGCCAAGGGAAUUGAAUGCCACGAGAAAGGAUCUCUAAAAGAAUCUACAUAUCAUCUACGGAUUGCCGCCAAGCAAAAUCAUCCCACUGGGAUGCUUCUCUAUGCCCUGGCAUGCCGCCAUGGCUGGGGUAUGCGACCAAACCAACGAGAAGGCGUGCAGUGGCUCCGCAAAGCCGUCGAUUGCGUGGGAUUGGAGCUGAUGGACGAUUCGAAUGGCACUGUACCUCAGCGAGCAAAGGAGAUGCAAAAAGCCUAUCGUGCGCAGUUUGCCCUCAGUAUCUACGAGCUUGGCGUGAGCCAUCUGAACGGAUGGGGUAUCGAGCAGGACAAAUCUCUAGCUUUGCGCUGCUUCGAGAUCGCAGGUCAGUGGGGCGACGCGGACGCGCUGGCAGAGGCUGGAUUUUGCUACGCGGAAGGUAUCGGUUGCAAGAAGGACAUGAAGAAGGCGGCCAAGUUUUAUCGCCAGGCGGAAGCGAAGGGGAUCAGCAUGGUUGGGAACAGCUGGAUCUACAAGGACAAGUACAAGUCCGAUGACGAAUCCGCCCCCGUUCGCGUGGCCGAGGUCGACAGGGCGGAACGCCUGAAAAGAAUGCCCGCAGCAAGUCCCGAACUCGCAGUCUUUUCCAUCGUAAAAAGUCUCUAG